UCCUAGCUUCGUUUUCUCCUCUAGUCUCCAGAUCCAUCAUUCACAUCUACAGCUCGCCACCUCCGUUGCUACUGCUCCUCAUCGACUCGUCACCUUCAUCAAUAUUUUUUUUGGUAGGAGCCUUCAUCAAUCUUUAAUUGCACACUUCACAUCCAUGAAUCCUCGAAUGUCGCUUGCAUUAUCGGCAUCUCCUUAUCCAGCUUCCUCACUCCACCAUCGACGCAUCUUUUCCCCUCAGCCGUCCGAAUCCAGGUGUUGGCUUCCACCUAGAUCGAUCCCAGUUUCAUUGGCCCUCCCCCUGCCCAUCCCCUCUCCUCUCAAUUGGUUCUUAUUGGCAGGUGAAGACGGAGAACGGAAACCACUUUUUUCCAGCUACAGACAAUGACGAUGUUUCAGGGGAGCAAAUAAGAUCGACAAUGGCCGACGAGGAUUGGGAUUGUCGACAAUGAGCUCUCCGGAUCUGGAUCAACGAUUGGGUAAAUCCCCCUGCCCACCGGGAAAAGUAAAAAAAUCUCAGAUUCUCCUUCCCCUGAAAACACAGUCACAGAGGAUUCAGAUCUAUCAUUUUCUCUUUCUUACUUCACUUCUUGUUGUGGUUGUAAAUUUUUAGGGUUUUGGAUUGUGAUUAUCGUCCUCUUCUCGUCCAUCGUCUUUUGGUUCAGGAUCAUCGUCCUCUACCUCGUUUUCCUACUUGAUUCACUUGCGUCGGUCCUAUUCGUUGUUAAAAUUGGAGCUCCAGUGAGAAGAUGGAGUUGACGAUGCUCUUGCGAAAGAGAGAAAAAAUCCGAAUGAGUAAUCACGUUGGAGAGAGAGAUAGAGAAGCUAUCCGGUCCGAGCCUUCCUUCAACCAUAAUAAUGGAAGCGUGAGGCAGAAUAAGAACACAAAUCAACGGCAGAAGAGAUAGCCGGCAGCAAUAACGACGAAGCGGAAUUUGGGGAUGACAAAGAGGAUUCCGGACUGGGAUUGAAGUGUCUUGGGCUUUCCUAUCUCCGGGCGUCGUCUUCUCGUCGGAAAGUUUCAUAUCCAGGGGGCGGGUGAGAUGAGAGAUGGAGUAGAUUUAGAGAGGUGGGGCGGCCUAGGGUUUGUUCAUGGGUUGGGUUCAAGGGUUAGAUUGGGCAAGAUGACGUGGCGGGUCGGGUUUGGUGAUGUGGCCGGUUUAAAUAGGGUGAGUCAGCAUUUUUGUUAGUCACGUCAGCAAAUGACUGACGGUGUUAACGGAAAUUGACGGAGACUAAUGGAGAGUGACCAGAUAUGAAUUGUGUGACUAAUUUGAGUGACCAACACUGGAAUUAAUUAUUUUUAGUGACUAAACAUGACAUUUUUUAGUAAUCCUAGUGACCAAAUUUGUAAUUUGCCCCUAAUAGUUAUGUACACUUUAGGUUAUUCACCCUAUCUUUAGCCCCUAAUUCCCACUCUUUGGCGGACCAUGUGACGACAAAACAAGUGACAGGCCAUUUGAUAUUUAUCAGACCUGGCACGACCGUUGUCCAUAGCAUGCAAAGUAAUAAUAAAAUAAGUUCAGAAUGGGAUAAAGGAACUUGCUUGAAAAAAACUAUAUAAUGUAGGUGCUAAAAUAAAAAUAAAAAAUACUAUUAAUUGACUUACCGAAGACGAAGAAUCAUGACAUGGACGCUCUAUCCGUUACUUUUUUUUUUUUUGCCUGUUUCUUUCUUUAAGACGGCUCUAUCCGUUCCCUUAGUGGGGAGUUACGUGAGUUUUAUUGCUUUGGUUUUGUGUGGUCACUGUGGUAGGAAAGAAACACAGAAAACUGCAAAGCGCCGGAAAAGGCGAUAUGAAAGGCUGGAAAGUAGCAGCGGCGGUUCUAUCCCGGCGAGCGAAGGCGGGUUAUCGCCACGUGAGCAGAGGCGUCGGCUCUCUGGCGAGCAGUAAGAGUAACCCUGUCGACGUUUAUGAUCACAACGAGGUGCUGGUGGAAGGCAGAGCUCAUUCCCGAACUGCGGUUCUCAACCGGCCUUCUUCACUCAAUGCCCUCAACACGACGAUGGGCGCUAGAUUAAACAGUUUGUACAAAUCGUGGGAGGAUGAUCCAGAUGUUGGAUUUGUCGCUAUGAAGGGCAGCGGCAGGGCAUUUUGUGCUGGUGGAGAUAUUGUUGCUCUGUAUCACCUCAUAAACCAGGGGAAGUUGGGUCAUUGUAAGGAAUUCUUUUCCACAUUGUACAGUUAUAUAUACCUCUUAGGUACAUACUUGAAGCCAAAUGUAGCUCUUCUGAAUGGCAUCACCAUGGGUGGUGGAGCUGGAGUUUCAGUCCCUGGGAUGUUUAGAGUUGCAACAGAAAGAACUAGGUUUGCUACCCCUGAAACCCUAAUUGGUUUUCAUCCUGAUGCUGGUGCAUCCUUCUACCUUUCACAUUUACCUGGUCAUUUAGGGGAAUAUCUUGGUCUUACGGGGGAGACAAUAAAUGGAGCUGAAAUGAUUGCUUGUGGCUUAGCUACUCAUUACACCCAUAGUACAAAGCUUCGAUUAGUAGACCAACAGCUUGGUAAUCUGGACACAGAUGACCCUUCUGUUAUUGAAGCUUCAUUGGAAGAGUAUGGUGACCAUGUCCAUCCAGAUCACAUGAGUGUAUUUCACAGGAUUGAUAUGGUUGAUAAAUGUUUCAGUAAGGAGACAGUUGAAGAGAUCAUAGAUGCUUUGGAAACUGAGGCAUCUGAAACGAAUGAUCUGUGGUGCAACUCUACACUGAGAAGACUGAAAGAAUGCUCCCCAUUGAGCUUAAAGGUUUCCUUGAGAUCUAUACGAGAAGGAAGAUUUCAGACACUUGAUCAGUGCUUAGUCCGAGAAUACAGAAUGUCUCUACAGGGGAUGUCUCAGCGUGACUUCAGCGAGGGUGUUAGGGCUCGGAUGGUGGACAAGGACUUGGCUGCACAGUGGAAUCCUCCAAGGUUGGAACAAGUGACUGAGGACAUGGUGGAUCAUUAUUUCAGUCCUCUGAGUGAAUCAGAGCCAGAUCUACAACUUCCGACACAGCAGCGGGAAGCAUUUGCCUCGUAAUUUCAGAGGAAGCAACUGCUUGUGUAAAGGGCACAGCUCUAGGGAAGGCAAUGGGUCGGGUUGGGCGUGGAUGUGCGUAUCCGUUACCCUAUCCAAAGUAGUUUGGGUUUUACCCAUACCCACAUAAGAAAUGGGUAGAAAUCAAAACCAUGUCCAUACCCGUUCGGGUUUCGGGUAUCCACUGUUAUCCAUGGAUACUAAUUUCUCUUUAUAACUUCAACCAUCAACCAAUAUGUUAACAUUCACACGUAUUCUCACAUUACAUAAGAGGAAAAGUACGAUCAUAAUUCACUAGAAUGAAGAAAAUUAAUCAAAACGACACAACUUCAUGAAAAUAUUAUAUUUAUAUGCUAAAUAGAAAAUAUGUUAGAAAAAAAUAACGUUUAUUUAUAUACAAAAUAUAUAUGCAUGUGUAUAAUCAAGCGGGUUCGGAGUGGAUAGUGAGAAAUUCAUGUCCAUCCAUUAUCCGCAAUAUUUGGGUUCGAGUUUUACCCGUACCUACAAAAAUUCCUUCGGGUUCGGGUUUUACCCUACCCAAUUAAGUCGGAUUCGGGUGAAUAUCCACGGUUACAUAUAUUUUUGUCAUUUUUACACAGCUCAGAUCCUUGGGAACCAUCUGGGAAGUAAGAAUUAUUCAAUAACUUGUACAGAUAAGAUCGGGCAUCCUUGCUCCCAUAGUUUGAUCAAUAAAUGGCAAGAUCUCAUCUCCCUGCCUAAGGUAGAGCUGUAAAGGUGAUACAUUUUUUUUUUAAGUAGGAUUCAUUUUGGAGAUGGUUUUUGCCCAGUCAUCUUUUUUUUGGUAGAAAUUUGCUGAGUCAUCUUGGUCCCGUUGUAUGAAAAUUUUAAGUUUAUUCUAGUUGUGACUUGUGAGGUGGCUUUUCAAUUUUAAUAUUCUGUGGGGUGGUUUAUGCCAUUUUUUUCUCAAACUGUCCAAAAUUUUACAAUGCUAUGCUGUAUUGUAUUGGUGUUAUAGAUUUUUGCUUUUAUAAUUUAAAGGGUUAAUAUUUUCGUAUGGCCUGAACUUUGACCAAAAUAAACAUCCUGGCCAAUCUUUUCGAUCUAUAACAUCCUGGCCCGAACUAUACACCAAAAUAAACAAUUUGGCCAAAUCCAACUUUUGACCGUUAACUUGGACGGUCAAACGCGUUGACCGUUAGUCAACACGCCAUGUCACUGCCAAGUCAGCAUAAAAUAUUUAAAAUAAUUCACAAUUUCCACACAUUCCCUAAUUUUAAAUUAUUAUAAAUUAAAAAAAAUCAUCUAAUACCUUAGUUAAACCAAAAAUAAAAAACGAAAAAAAUUAAAUAUUUAUCAGAUCUUCUGACUUGGCACUGACGUGGCGCGUUGACCGUUAGUCAACGCGUUUGACCGUCCAAGUUAAAGGUCAAACAUCGGGUUUGGCCAAAUUGUUUAUUUUGGUGUAUAGUUCGGGCCAUGAUGUUAUAGAUCGAAAAGAUUGGCCAGGAUGUUUAUUUUGGUCAAAGUUAAGGUCAUACGAAAAUAUUAACCCUAAUUUAAAAUUGUACACUUAACGUUAUGAUACAACAUUAGAUUGUAGCUAUAUUUUUGUACAAAUUCUUUUAUAGUACAACUUGAACUUGUACCUUUAUGUGAUGGUACAAAUUUAAGUUGUAAAGUUCUACAAAUUCCUUUAUGGUACGAUCUGAACAUAUACAUUUAACGUUAUGAUACAACUUCAAGUUGUACAUUAAAGCACCAAUGCUUUA